ACGCGAGCGGCGCAAAACAGCUGACGUCACGCUCACACGGGUUGUUUUCUUGCGAGUCCGUGUACUUCAGACAACAGCUUAAUCUCUCAUAGUGUUAUUAAAACGCACCAUAUCUUUUUUUAGCAGUCAUAAGCGUUUCCUUUAGGUUUAUUAUUCACUCAUAUAAACGGCUGUUAGCUCGCUACAACACUGAAUAGGGUCGUAGCUAAUGCUAAUGGUGGCGUUGGGUAUUUCUUGAAUUUCUGUUUCAUUUCGUCAGGCCUCUUCAAACUGACACCGCUGAGAGAUUCAAGCGUUUGUUUUCGUUUUGGCAGUCGAGAAUGAACUGGAUUUUCCCCCUGUCCAAGGGUUCUGGAUCGAUCCCUCCUCUGAACAGUUUACAGAAACAAAGACAGAGACAGAUCGAGUCUCUCAAAGCUGCUCACUCCAAUAUUGCAGAAAUCCAGAAGGAUGUAGAGUACAGACUUCCUUUUACUGUCAACAAUUCUACUAUUACUGUUAAUAUCUUGCUCCCACCACAGUUCCCUCAGGAGAAACCAGUGGUCAGCGUGUUUCCACCAGUAGGUCAUCAUUUAGUAGACAGUAACAAUGGAACAAUGGUUACCAGCCCACUCAUAACUAAUUUUGGAAUGCAUUCAGAUUUAGGCAAAGUUAUUCAGAGUUUGCUAGAUGAGUUUUGGAAAAGUCCUCCUGCCUUGAUGUCCGGUCCCACUUUUCCUUAUAUGUACAAACCAUCGGGGAUGCCUCCUUACCCAACUCAGAGCUUCCAUUUUGUUCCUGCCUUCCCACCACAGGAUGGUCAGCGGCCUAUCGGCCCUGCCCCUGUGCCACAUGCAGGGAUGGAGCCUCAACAAGCUCCUCUGCGACCAGCAGCACCGGUUUAUGGACUCAUCACAGACCUUCCUCUUCCUGUACCAACUGCAGACUCACAGUCAGGUCUGAAUGGACACAUAUACAAGAUGCCUGAAAUCCCAGAUACAUUUCCAGAACUGUCUGAGAUGAGUAAUUCUCAACUGAAGGACAUGAGCGAUCAAGAUGACGUGCUGUUGGAGUUCUUCAUGUGUCUGCCUCAGCUCAAACAAGUAACCUCUGACAAAGAGGAACUAGUCAACAACAUAGUGGAAAUGGCCAAGAAGAACCUACAGCUCGAGCCUCAACUGGAAAACAAGAGACAAGAGAUGUUGUGUAAAUAUGAACAGUUAACCCAGAUGAAGUCUGUAUUUGAAACCAAAAUGCAGAGGCAACAUGAGCUGAGUGAGAGCUGCAGUCUGAGUGCACUGCAGGCCAGAUUAAAGGUAGCAGCCCAUGAGGCCGAAGAGGAGUCUGAAGAGACAGCAGAGAACUUCCUGGAAGGAAAGACAGAGAUUGACGACUUCUUAGCCAGCUUCAUGGAAAAGAGAACGCUUUGCCAUAGCAGAAGAGCCAAAGAGGAAAAGCUCCAGCAAUGCAUGAACACACAUGGACAGUUUCCUACCACACAUUAGAUUGAAUGUCCCAGAAAGGUUUGGGAUCAAUCUACCAGCAGAUCGGUGGGCUUGAGACAAGCAGCACAUCUUGUGGCCUACAGCCUUGAUUGGGCAAACCUAGAUACAUAUGAAAAAGAGAUUUUGGCAUCAUGAUUUAAUGAAAUCAAAGUGAUUUUUGCACACAGUUUCCAAAAGUGUUAAGCUCCCCCUGGUUAAGUAGACCAGAUGUGAGUACGUCUGGAUGUGCCCAGUCUGGCUGUGACCCAGAGGCUGUAAUCAGAGGAGAGCAAUCUGUUCUUAAUAGUGUUCAGAAACAGGCUGAGUUCUAAGCUUAUUAGUUCAGUUUGACUUUAUGUGACAAAUGGGGUUGGGCCUUGUACGCACUUGAAGACGAAUUUCAAAAAAUGAAAAACAAUGCUGCCGACAAAAAAAAUACUGUAUUUAAUAAUGUUGAUAAAAGCCUUUAUUAUAAUUAGACACUGUAUUAUAUGUUUAUUUAAUUUGAUAGGUUAAUAAAACAUUUAGAAUAAUCUGUGCUAUGGCUGAAGUGUUGUUUUGCAUCUUCUGUAACAUUAAUACUGUUAGACACCAGAGGUAUAUGCACAAAUGUGUCAGUAUUUAUUUUUAUGUUUUUGUUUAUUUAUUCUUUCAUUCGUUUAUUAAUAUUGCCCAAUAUUGCAUAUUUUAUUGUGCUAAUUUCCCCUAGUUUCACAUUCAGAUUAUGUCUGACAAACAUCUUUAAAAACACUAAUAAUUUAAGAAUGUUGUCAAAUAUAUAUUCAGAUCUGUAAACAAAUAUCCAUUUAUGUUUGGAUGCUUAAAUUCAUCUGCGUAAAGAAAAAAAAAUCACAGUUUUUCUGGAAAGCUUUUAUACCUUGUGUUAGUUAUAGUAUAAAUUAAUAGGUAUUAAUCCAAUACAAUAACAUUAACUAACAUUUUCAAGAAAAAGAAAAUCCUCUUUGUGUCAAAAUAACAGGGACACAGCAUGAGGGAUAAAAUAAAUUAUUUUAGUGUUUAUUGUUUUUUUUUUAAUAUGUUGUGACAAAAUAGUGUUCCAUUUUAAAUUUGGGCAUUUAUCAGUUAUCAGCCAUAAGAUUAAAAUAAUUAUUGGCUUAUCAGCCAGAAAUUUAUGAGUACAUCCACAAGAACUUGUGGUGAAAUGUGCAAAGACAACUAUAUAAGUUGUUCAUAAGUUGUCUUUAUGAAGAGUAUAAACACUUUGUAAAUGCUCCUUUCAAAGCACCGCAGGGCCACGUUUGACUUGUUUGUCCAACAGCGGAAGACAUGUUCAGGAAACCUAUUUGAAAAAAAUCAUAUUGCAGCUUCAUUUAAAGCAGCUACACAUUAAAAAAAUUAUGUUCAUCAAAAAUUGUAAAAACUGGCUCCAGAUAGUAAUUUUGUUUGCUGUUUGGCAAACACUUUAUUGAGAGCAUUUGCCUUAGAAAUGUAGAUAUUCAUAUGUUCCAGACAUUUAAAAUCUGCUGUUGUUGCUAAAAUGGUAAUCACAUGGUUGUGUGAGGGAUUGAUUGUCUACAUGUCAGCGUAUGCCUACAGUUACAGGAAUGGGAAGUAAAUGUAGUGUGGGUGCCAUACAGCUCUUGGUUCCAUAGCCUAUGGUUCUUGUUUUCACAUGUACAGCAAAUUCUCAUUAUUUUUGUUUAAGAUUUUCUAAACACACAGGUGGGAAUCUGUAAGAAAAAAAUAAAAUAAAUGAAUGAAGGUAAUUCCAACCUUUUAUCUCAUAAAUCAGACUUUUUUUUUUCUCACAAUUCAGACUUUUUUUAAAAAUAAUUUUAAGAUAUAAAGGUAGAAUUAUGAGAUUGUGAGUAAAAAACAAACAAACAGAAUUGUGAGAUAAAAGUAUUUUCUUUUAAAUUCCAUAGUGGGAAAAAAAUAGCAAGAUGUAAAUUUAGAAUUCUGAGAAAAAUAAUCAGAAUUGUGAGAGAAAAAAAAUAAGUUCUCAGUUUAUAUUACACAAUUCCUUU